UUUACACCCUCUAUAUAUAUAUAUGUUAAUUUGAUCUUCUUAGGACUCCUUUCACAAUCCCUGCUAUGAGAUUCAAUAACUUUGUUGCUAAUAGGCUGAUACAUCGAUUUAUUAUUGAACUACUCUAAUUUCCUCGACUUCCAGAAAAUUUUUUACUUGUAGGUUAACUUCCAUGCAUACGAAAUUUUUCUUCCUUGGGAAAUGAAACGAAACUUGUCAAAUCAUUCCCAUCGUGAUGAAAAGUUGAGAUUAUCACGCAAUGGAAAUUACGAGGCUGGUCUACGAAGAACAGAAGAAGAAAGAUUACGGCGUAGGCGCGAAUGGAUGAUAGAACAGCAAAGGCUACGAGAACAUGAAAAGUUGAAGGAGAAGAAGAUUUUAGAAUAUGAAAUACGUCGUGCUCUUGAGAAAGGUUUACCGCUGCCCAGAGGAAGAUAUUCACAUCGCAGCCGCAGUAAGAGUAAAAGCAAAUCCACGGAAAAUCGACAAAGAACUGUUACAUCAAGUACAUCUAAUACAUCUAUAUUAUCUAAAAAAUUAGAACCAUCAGAUGGCACAACACCUUUAUUUAAAGGACCAGAAGGCACACAGGUUAGCGCCGCAGAACUACGAAGAAUUAAAGUAGAUAUUCACAGGAAUGUACCAGGCAAAGCGACAACUGAUGAUCUCCAACGAGAUAUUAUCAAUCCUGAAGAUGUUCUGGUCAAAAGAAGAGAGGGAGAAGGAUCGAAACCUAUAUUUGAAAGAGAAGAAAUAAAAGGUACAACAGUCAAAGCAGAAGAAAUUGUGGAACGUCGUACAGUUGUUGUCUUAAAUAAUGAAAAUUUAGAAAGCAAGUCGAAAGUGAGUAAAAAAUAUACUACUUCUUCAAGAAAUCGAAGCUCCAGUCCUCAACAUAGAUCGCCCAGCCAUGCCAGGUAUGAGGAUUCAAAAUAUGAUAACAGGGACAGUUAUAGAAGUGAUAGAGAAAGAAAUCACAGUAGAGGUAGAAGUAGAGAGUAUAAAGAAACAGUCAGGCGACAUAGUCAAUCAAAUACUGCAGAGGAAGAGCAUCUGCGUGAAAAAAAAAGUCAUAGGGAUCAUUCACGUUCAAGGGAACGAGAACAAAGAGCAUGUGUCAGAGAUUCUCAUCAUAGGUCAUCUAAAGAUGAAAGAUCUUAUCGAGAAAGAUCAAGAGAACGGUCCCGAGAAAGAAGAGAACGAGAUAGGUCUAGAGAACAUAGGAUACCUCCAUCGCAUUAUAUCGAGCAGAUUCCUGUUCCUGUUUAUUAUGGAGAUUUUCCUCCGAGACCAAUAAUGGUUGGACCCUUGGUUCCAAUUCGAGGUCAGGUACCACCUUUAGGAGGAACUAGGCAUAUGAUGGGUCCAUUAAGACCAUUUCCACCACGAUUUAUUCCGCCAGAUAUCUAUAGAUUACGUCCGCCUCUAAAUCCUAGAUUUAGGCCAAUGUAUUGAUAGACUGGACGAGGUACGAGGAGAGGAUGGUUGGUCCCAGGGCCACCUCUCUUUCGGUAAGUGCGACCAGGGACCAAUUAAAUGUGUUGGAGGGGCAUGGUGUCGAUAGGACACUUGAGGAGACAAUAGUUCACCCGCACUCUGGGCGAAUAGGCGUUAGAAUGACCGAUUCUCGUAAGAAGAUAGGGCAGGAUGAGGAGAGAAUGACAUUGUGGAAGGUAGAGCUUGAACGCAGAAGAGAUCGAGAGGCGGAGGAAGGAUAGUUCGCUGACAAGGGAAGAGGACCAAUAAUCGGACUCCGAGACGUGAGAGGGCCGAUGAAGAGUCUCGAAAUAUUAACUCUUAAUAUGGGUAGGAUGGUAAGGAGAGUUACAGCAUUGAGCAAGGUGGAUUCCACGCUUAAGAAAUUAAGCUAUGAGAGCAUACAGGAGAUUAAGAAAGUGAGAGAGUGGAUCGACUUCAACGCAGAGACGGAUGGUGAAUGGCGUGACAGUAGAACGGUCGCGACACAGAUGAUUCCAACGAAGCAAAAUGAGGUCAGUCGACGAAGGGUAUCGGUGGCAAGCUAGACUGAGUUUGGUCAGUCGACUAAGCGUAAAGGGAUAUCCUGCUUGGAUGAGAAAAAGGUAAACUUUAGCAAAAAAAACUAGCAGGCUGGACGAGAUGACGUACGCAGAAGUGUUAAGAGAUGAGGAAUCUGAAUGGAUGCGUGUCGAGGGACGAAGGAGAGUUCGAAGCCGAAUAGAGAGCUAGACGGGUACAGAAGGGCUUAAUGACAGGACUCCGAUAAGAGUAGCCAGAGAAUGGACGCUAAGAAGAAGAAGCGAGGUGAUCAUCAUUAAGAUUGGACAGGGCACCAAUUGGAUUGACUCCUACAGGAAGAUGGUUGAGGUGAAGAGCGCCCUUAAGAAGACGACAGCAGUGAUGAAGACCAGAGCCGGAUAUAUCCUGAUCGAGUUCACCAGUAAAGUAAUAACGGGCGAGGCCGCUGACAACAGCUUCAAGAAAGCUAUGCGGUAGGGUACAGAGAUAGUUCCUCUGGCUAACAGAGAAGCACUCGAAAUGAAAAAUAUAGACCCGAUAGCUACAAGGGAAGAACUAAUCCAAGAUAUAGCAACAGGAUUAGGCAUUAAACAGGAGCAAUGUCCUUAAGGAUGACGCCAUGGGAAACGCAGCAGGCGGUAAGUGGUGCUGCCAGCGAGCACCGUACCCAAAGACAGGCCAAUUAGAAUUAAAACAGGGUUGACAAUAUCGACGGCUAGGAUUCUGCCCAAAAUAGUGAGAUGUUAUAAAUGUCACAUGUUGAAACAUAAUCAAUGGAUCCUCACGGUAACCGAGAUGAACGUCGAGGGAUACCUCCUGACGACGACACAGGAAGUCAGAUACCUUGGGGUCCAGCUGAAUUGCAGAAAGAGGUUCGAAGCUCACUUGGAAAAGGUGCGCGGAAAGGCCGACGCCCUUAUGAGAGCAUUUGGAUCUUUGCUCCCUAAUAUCAACGGACCCACCGGCUCUGUUAGAAGACUCUAUUAUGGGGUCUGGGAGUCGGUGGUGUUAUAUGCAGCGCUUGUAUGGGCUAAGGUAUUAGAAAUUAAGAAGAAUAGGAAAAUCUUGAACAACAUCUUGUCCGUAUUGACAAGAAUUUCGACGACCUACCGUAGUGUUCCAUGCAGCGCUGUACGUGCUUAUGGGCAUUAUGCCCAUUUAUUUCACAGCGGAGCUUCGGGCCGAAAAAUAUCGUAUAAAAAAGAAGAAUCAAUAGGAGCAGUACAACGCACGUUCAAGAGCUGGGGCCGCCUCUGUCUAUUAAGAGGGGAUUAUGGUACCGGACGAGCGUAUCAUGGAGAAAUGGAAGUGCGAUUUUAUAGAGAAGACAACUGGACGAAGCGAUUGGUAGCGGAUGCAUAUUUAUUUAGAAGAUAUAGGAGGAAUAUUGAUCAUUUCACUAUACAGAUCCUGACAGGGCAUGGAAUUUUUAAUGUCUAUCGAAAAAUGAUUAAUAAGGAGGACCACUCCACAUGUUGGAACUGCAAUGCUGAAGGUGAUGACGCUGAACAUGCGCUUUUCCACUGCCCAAGGUGAAUACGUGUGAGAACGGAACAAGAAAAUUACGUCGGCACACCACUAACAACGGAGAAUUUAAUGGAGCUAGUGGUGAAGAAGGAAGACGACUAGGCAAGGUUUCAGACCUUGUGCAGAAAAAUUAUGCUAGCAAGAGUGACGCAGGAGAAAUUCGAAGAGAGGAGGAGAACUAAAGCAACAAGAAGAAGAAAUGGAACUCAAGUAUGAAGAAGCGGUGCAUAGUUAAGUUCAAGCCAGAAGUAAUGCCGUUAGGCGGUUCCGGGGUUGAUGCUUGCACAGAAGAGGAGCGGAGAGAGAGGAGGUUUUAGUGGGUAUGGCAACGCCAUCAGCCAAGCCCCACAUAGUUCAGACUGCACAUGUGUAACAGCAUUUUCCCCUCCUCGAUUAAAAACAAAAAUGUAUUAAUGGAAUGUAUUAAUGGAACGUGUAUGGUGCAUAGAGAAUUAAUGUUUUAUUGCACAAUACGUUAACGUUAAAUUAUACAAAGUUUAAACAUUCUUCAAGAUAUCAUAGUGAAGUAAAUUAUGUUUAAUUCAAGAUACUGUUAUGAAUAUAUGAGGUAUACAAGUGUUAUAUAUUUUUUUAAUCACUAUAGUAUAUUAUAAGAAUCUUUUAUGAUUAAAAUUAAAUACUGUAUGAAUUCAUUCAUUUAAAUGCUGUAACAUGUAAAAGUUGAUGCUUUUUAUGAUGGAUUGUAACUUGAUGGAUUUUAAGAUCUCAGUACAUUGUAAACACCAUUACACUAUUUAUACAAUCGCUUUUUAAGCUAAAAAUCAUAAAGACAAAGAAUACUUAUUUUUAAUUAUUGAUUUCUCGAACAUCGAUUAUUAUGUAAUAUUUAUGUAUUUUUAAGUAUAUUUAAUAUUUUAAUAUAGUUUCUAAAAUCUUAUUAAAAUGUUCUAUGUUUGGGUUAUUUGUAUGUGAAACUUGCUCAUAUAUUUUUAGGUGGUAAUAAUAAUAUUGUGUACAAAUUGUAUCAAUUGAUAAUAAAUUGUGAAUUAUUAAAUUUUAGUAAUAUGUUUA